GCCGGGGGCGGCGGGAGCGGCGCGGAUGGCCGCGGUGCUGCCCGGGGCGGCGGCGCGCGGAGCCGGAGGCUCCACAUCUGUUUGUUACAAGCCUACCAGCCCAGUCCAGGUCCUGGAAGACACUGGCUUUCUGUACCAGGAUCACCAGUUGUUUGCUGGUAGGCAUGAAGUGUCUCCACUAACAGCUGAGGUGAUCAGUGCCAAAGAAAAAGCUGCCGAGGAGGCCCUCUGCACCCUGCGCCCGCCCAGCUUCCGCCGAGUCCCAGAGGCGGAGAUGCGAGGGGCGGAGGAGGUGGCAGCCGGCACCGUCCUGCAGCGCCUGAUCCAGGAGCGGCUGAGGUAUGGCCACCCCGGCGAGAACAUGAACCUGCUGGCCAUACAGCACCAGGCGACGGGCAGCGCCGGCCCCUCCAACAGCACUGCCAGCACUGUCUCUUCCGCAGAAAACCUCGCGCCCGAAGACCCGCCAAUGGUCCAGCCGUCGGGGCGGCAGGAACCCCAGGGGCAGGAGCACCAGGGGGACGGUGCUGUGAUGGAGAAGCAGCCCCGGGCCCCGCAGCCCCCACACAGCACCGAGGAACUCCCCACCUACGAAGAGGCCAAGGCCCAGUCUCAGUUCUUCCGAGGCCAGCCGCCAGCCACCGCGCAGGGCUUUUACAGUGCCUCCGGCCAGAAGUCCAGGACGGAGGGGAGGCCGACGGUGAACCGGGCCAGCAGCGGGCAGGCACAUAAGGACGAGGCGCUGAAGGAGCUGAAGCAGGGCCACGUCCGCUCACUGAGCGAGAGGAUCAUGCAGCUCUCUCUGGAGAGGAACGGAGCCAAGCACCAUCCCCCAGCCCCGGGGGGUGGGAAGAGCUUCAAGGCAGCUGCACCGCCUGGCAAGGCCACGGACCCGCGGGGCCCACCGCCCGAGUACCCCUACAAAGGCAAGGUGGUGGCCCCUGGCAGCAAGGCUCAGGACCACGGGCUCUUCUACGGUGAGCAGCCGGCUCAGGAUGUCCUCAAGGCCUCCUACGCUGCCCCGCAGCCCACUCGGGCAGAGGUGGCCCUCGUCCGCUACCAGCCACCCCCUGAGUACGGGGUCAGCAGCCGACAAUGCCAGCCGCCCUUCCCGCUGCCGCCGGCCCAGCAGCACAGCCCCAUGUCCUCGCAGGCUGCCGCCGGCCCGCUGCUCCCCUUGCCCCCGCUGCCGGCCCCCGCCGCGGCCCAGCCGCCCAGCCCGCCGCCGGGCCAGCAGCUGACGCCCGACGCCUUCGCCAUCGUGGAGCGGGCGCAGCAGAUGGUGGAGAUGCUCUCCGAGGAGAACCACGUGCUGCGGCAGGAGCUGGAGGGGUACUACGAGAAGGCAGACAAGCUGCAGAAGUUUGAAAUUGAGAUUCAGAGGAUUUCAGAAGUCUAUGAGGACUUGGUCAAGACUACCACUAAGAAGGAGUCUCUGGACAAAGCAAUGAGAAACAAACUUGAAGGAGAAAUUAGGAGACUUCAUGACUUCAACAGGGAUCUCCGUGAACGACUGGAGAGGGCCAACAGGCAGCUAGCCAGCAGAGACUUCGAUGGGCAUGAGGACAAAGAGCACUUGAAGAAGAAGGAGGAGCUGGAGCUGGAGCUAGCAGCAGUGCGCUCUACCAAUGAGGACCAGCGGAGGCACAUUGAGAUCCUCGACCAGGCCCUAAAUAAUGCACAAGCCAAAGUCAUCAAACUGGAAGAGGAGCUGCGCAGGAAGCAGGCCUACGUGGAGAAGGUGGAGAAGGUGCAGCAGGCGGUGACACAGCUGCAGGCGGCCUGCGAGAAGAGGGAGCAGAUGGAGCAGCGGCUGCGCACGCGCCUGGAGCGGGAGCUGGACUCGCUGCGGAUGCAGCAGAGGCAGGGCAGCUACCAGGCAAGCAGCCUUCCUGAGCACAAUGCCCCAGCCCUGAUGGAGCUGGUGCGGGAGAAGGAGGAGAGGAUCCUGGCCCUGGAAGCUGACAUGACCAAGUGGGAGCAGAAGUACCUGGAGGAGAGUACAAUCAGGCAUUUUGCCAUGAAUGCUGCAGCCACAGCCACACUGGAGAGGGACACGUCGGGCAUGAGCCACUCACGCAGCAGCAGCUACAGCGAGAGCCCGCUGGAGGCACGGGGCUGGCAGGAGGAGGUGGUGCAGGCCAACCGGCGCUGCCAGGACAUGGAGCACACAAUAAAGAAUCUCCAUGCCAAAAUCAUUGAGAAGGAUGCCAUGAUCAAGGUGCUUCAGCAGCGCUCACGGAAGGACGCUGGGAAGGGCGACAGUGCCAGCCUGCGCCCGGCUCGCUCUGUGCCCUCCAUCGCCGCUGCCACCGGCGUGCAUUCGCGCCAGACCUCGCUCUCCAGCAACCAGAUAGCCGAGGAGAAGAAGGAAGAGAAGAUCUGGAAGGGAAGCAUAGGGCUGCUCUUGGGGAAGGAGCACCACGACCCCCCACCGGGCCCCUCGCUGCCCCCUCCGCUGCCUGAGCCGGCGCCAGCGGCCUCACAUGGGAAGACAGGCAGCAAAGACAGCAGCACCCCCACGGACAGGAGCACCCCCAUGGACAGGAGCACCCCCAUGGACAGGAGCACCGAGCUCUUCUGGCCCAGCUCUGCGCCCUUUCCCAGCCGUGGCUGGCUGGGGGCUGCCCCGGCACACAGCCCAGCCCCGCGGGGCCCAGCCCCACGAGCAGCCGCCGAGAAACUGGAGAACUCCAGCCACGGGAGGCCGUCUGACAGCAAAGGCAGAGUGAGCAGUUUGCUCCACAAGCCCGAGUUUCCAGACACGGACAUGAUGGAGGUGCUCAUCUGAGCAGGGGACGGCAGCCCUGGGGUUCCCUGCGUGUACAGCUGCAGCCAAGAGGGUCCUGCUGUGCCAACCUUAAAAACUAACCCUAAGAGUCUGAAGGAAGAUAGUUUGUGCCAACCUUAAAAACUAACCCUGGGAGUUUGUGUGUGAAACAAAGCUUGAGUCUGGUAUGUGGAGACUUUGGACCAGGCGAGGACUGAAGAGGAGCGAUGAACUGGAUGUCUGGGGUUUUCUGAGCAGAAAGGGGCAUUGAAAAUGGAAAGUGGUGUGAGAAGGGGAUCGCUGAGGGAAAAGGAAAUGGCAUUUUCUGGUGUAAAGAGAAGACAGCAAAGUUACUGACUGAAUAGACAGUGCUGCUCUGUUUUUCUGCCUCUGCAGUCGGGGUAAAAUCCCGGCUCUUCUGAGGCCAGAGGGAGUCUCUGAAUAACCCAGGAGAAACUUGCUUCUUCCUCACUGUCAGUUCAAUUCUCAAAGGCAUUCGUGGCUUAAUUUGGGUGAGCAAUUGGUCCGUAGGUGUACACGGCGGGUUCUUGUAAGUAUUUGUUUGAAGUGGUGUGGUUUCCUGGGCAGGCAGGUCAGGUGCCUCUUUCCUGGCUGGACAAGUGUUACUCUUGGAGCUGGAUUUACAGUGCAAAUAUUUCUGUCUUGCAGCCUCAAAGCUUGCUGAGACUUUUUUUGGUAGGAGCAGUUGUUGGCCAGAAUUCCCACUGUAGAUGAAUGUGGAGCAGGGGAGGAGGACCCUGCUGAAGCAAUCCUUGUGAGAAGGGGAGGGUUCCAGGAGGGGAGGGUGGGGAGGAUCCCAGCAGCACCCCAAGGGCCGUGUGCUGCAGAGCACCCUCAGAGGGGCUUCUGAGGGUGUUUUGAGUGGGGUGAAGCUGGGUUUGCACUGAGGUCACACAGUGCCUCUCACCUGCACUGGUAAGAAUAGCUUUUUUCUUUAUUUUCAGUGCCUACAGCCAAAUAAUUUCUACCUUCUGUGAGAUACAAACCUGCCAUUGAAACUGACAUGGGACUGGCCAUUAUGGUGUAGGACUCAGGCCAGGGAAGGUUUAAGUGCAGCAUUGUCUGUCUUACGUGCAGAGCUGCAGUCCCUCUCCACCUUGUUUUACCCGGGUGGAACAUUUCUCAUUCUCAGCAUAGUCCCUGACUUCUGUAAGAGGUGGGGGGUGUGUGUGAGAGACAGCCAGCUCACCAGCUGUGUGGGUCCUGGCACACCACUUGCUUCCUGCGUUGCACAUGCUGAGAGGGAAGUUUUCCUCUGUGAGGUGUUUUGCAUUGACUUCUCCUGGCACGUAACAACAUUGAGAAGAACUUGGCUUUGGGAAAAAGGGUGAUGGGAUUUUAUGUGAAGCUGCCUAGAGUGGAAGAGUGAUGGGUGCUGCAUGUAAUUGUGUCUGUGGGGAGUGGCUCAAGGUCACCCCUUCCCGUAGGUCUCAAAUUGGAGCCCCUGAUUGUGGAAACACCAGGCAGGUGUAACUCUGCUCUCACUGAAACCUGAAGUCCUUGCAACCUCAAACCCUUCAGGGGCCAGAGCCUUGCACUCAGUACUGCCUGGCUGAUACCUUUUUUCUUUCAGAAUUGCUGUGUUAAAUCUAUGCACUUAUUUUUGUGUGUACAUAGAAUUAGACAUGUGUUGGUAUUGCCCUCUCUCCCUGAUGUUUGCACUUGUUACUGAGGUAGUGGUAGGUAGGUUGUGCAGGCAAGUGAGCUGUGUAUUUGAGUAUUAGCAGCUUUGCCUUGUGAAACCAAACGUGUAAAACCCUCAGAAGAUGUUCCAUGGCUUAAUAUAUGGCUUGUAAAAUAGUUUGUUUUCCUCUAAAGUUAAUUUAAACGUGAGUGUUUGCAUCAAAGCCGAGCCCACGCGUGGCAUCGCGCUGACACACCUCCAGGGCCCUUCCUCCGGUGUCUGUGGUAGGAGUGGGGCAGGAGGAAGACAAAGCAAGGGAAUGUGACGGUGAAUAUUUCAUUUCAGCAUCUUUCUCCAAGAAAGGACACCUAGGUACUUGGCCCUAAGUGUUUUAUUACCAGCUGCAUUAUUUCUUUUGAUGAAACUGUUGGUGGAGCUGUGUUUGUGCAACCAGCUGGGCCUCCAGCAGGAACAGCGUUGGAUCAAUGGGCAUGAUGUGGCUUUCAGUUCCAUUUGGUAGUGAUUCAGCUCAGCUUCUCCAAGCUGGACUCUAGCAGUCCUCCACCUCCUUCUCAUGGAUGCUAUAGUCCCUCCUGUUUCUGGUGUCCAGAGGUUUACAACUGAUGCUGCCCCAUAUUCAUGGCUGCACAUAAACUGUUUAUUAGACUAUGGUGUAGACAACAACUCAAAUAAACCCAUUCUCCUCAACUGUGUUGAACUUGAGAGAUGUCAGUUUUCCUGGAGGGAAGGCCUGGAGGAUCAGUGGGUCUCCCCCCAGCCCGAGCAUAGCAGGAUCUGCACGGAGGGCCACUGCCAUGUGUCAGCCCCUCUCAGCAGAGCGGCACAGCUCCAUUUGUGCUGCUCUUUGCGGCUCUUUGAAGUGCUCUGUGUUUUGGGAAGCUGUGCUGUAGCCAUUCCAGGUGAUGUUGGUAACUCGUUGUAAAAUACUGUCAUUUUUUAUUGCUGUUGGUUGUAUAGAGAAGUUGGUGUACAGUGUUGUACAGCUGGAGGGUUAUUUGUACAUAGUAGGGAGAGCAUUAUGUGUCACCCACAGCAAAUAUUGAUGUUGUCAGUCAGCCAAAGAUUCCUUGUUCUUUGCUGUUUCAACUUGUGCCUUAAUAUUGUAUAUAAUAAAUCUAUAA